ACAACUUCACAGUCUAACAGCACAAACUACACAACACACAACUUAGCUUGAGCUUGGUUUCUGGCCAGUUCCGAGUCAGUCGUCAGCGGAGCGUUGCCGUUCUUGUUCGCCGUGCUCUUAAUCUAAAACAAUAUUCAUCACAUUAUUGUGCAUCAAUCUACAAGCACAUACAUAAUAAAUACUCACCAAAAUAUACACACACAAAACAAAUUACGUCCACACUUACAACUCCAAGAUACAUCUGCUGCGUAAAAUUUAAUUGCCGGAGUAAUCUCAGUGGUGCUUAUAAUUAUAUUAGUGUCUCAAGAUAAUUGAUUAAUACAAUAAUUAUUGCCAGUUACUAAAAAACAUAACCUGGAUCACAAUUGAUUGUAAUUAUUAUCAGUUUUAAGUGUAAAAGUUUUAAAAAAUAAAUAAAUAGCCGGGUACACCUGGAAUGUGCGAUGGCGUAGGCGCGAAAAAAGUUUAUCUGCAAAAAAGGAAGUUUUUAAAUCAAUGUUACAAGAAUGUGGGACGAGAGUGAAAAAAAUUGACAUGCUGGGAUCCAGUUCGUGGGAAAGACCUCGCGUUAAAUCACUCCUCUUCCGGCGGAGUAAAUUCCCUUGCCCGGGUGUAUUUAAAUACAAUACACCAUGAGCAAGUGACUGGAUCACCAUCACACCAUCACCAUAAAAAUCAGCAAUGAAAUGUGAGGAGUCCCCGCGAUGCUGAAACACAUAUCGUCCGGGCAGCCAGGAGGCUCCAGGAACCAGAACCACGAUUACCCCACGAUUAGCCACUUUGGCUCCAGCUCGACGACCUCUAGAGGGAUUUCCCUGAAAAACGACCGCUUGUGCGACCCGGGGAUCUACGACUCCCUGCACUCGGUCCAUCCUUCGACAUCUCUUUCUCUUUCUCUGUCUCAUCCUCAGAAGUCUGCUUCCGUUCACCGGCAUCCGCUCAACCACUCGCAGCUCAGUGUCAACAACCUGUCCGCGAGAUUCACCCACUCGCAUCAUCUAAAUGCGCUGAACCUGUCCGCUCUGUCUGCCUCCAAGCAUUCUAUCGACAGUCCAAGUCCAGAUCAUCAUCAUCAUAAUCAUCAUUAUCAUCAUCAUCAACUCUUCCAUAAUAAUCAUAAUAAUAUUAAUUAUAAUCCGAAAAAUAUUAAUAAUUCUAACAAUAAUACUAAUAAUAUUAAUAUUAAUCCUAAUAAUGCUAUUAAUAAUACUAAUAAUAAUAAUGGUCAUCACAAUAAUGGUCAAAUCCAAACGCAAACGCAGGUGCCAAACGGCGGGCUUGAUAUUUCACGACUAUCAAGAUUGGCGAGUCGCGCUACGCCGUCCCCUUUGCAGCCAGCACCUGUUGCUACUAUUAACGCACCUGUUUCUCUGCCAAGCUUGGCCACUACUGGCCCGUUACAUACCCAAGACACUUCCUGGUCGUCUUUUUGUCUCAAGGGACCUAGUCAUCAAUUAAACGGCCAAGGCAACGCUAGAAAUAAUAAUAAUCAAGAAUCUGGAGUCAAAGAAAUGCUCACCUUCUUGGGGCUGCUCUGUUUGGUGUCUCUCCUCCUGGCGAUACUCUCGCAUAUUUUUCUACUGAGGAUUUCUCCAGUUUCUACGGCGCCUUCCAGUGUUAUCAGUCCGGAGGAGUAUACUAUUGUCUAUGAAGUCACCCUGGCGCUUUGCGCGCUGGCUAUGUCGCUUAAUUUGUGCUGUCUGAUGGUUUGCGCGAUUCAGUUCUUGUUUGCUAUGAAGCUUGUCAAGUCGGCGUAUACUCAGAACAGGACGAGCAGGUACCUGGAAAAAUCAUCAGUAAGCAGAAUGUGCGCAAUAGGAGGCUUCUUUGUCAGCAUUCCUAUUUUUCUUACUGGUAUGAUACUUUAUAUAUUCAUCCAGUUCCAUUCAACGCCCGCAAUAAUAAUGUCAGUAUUCAUCGGCUUUGGUAUAAUUUUCUGCGGUUGUGCUAUGGUCCACAAUGUCUUUAUAUGGCAAAAAGAAAAGACGAACGCAGUAAAAGAGCUAGCACAAGCCCAGUGCGAAGCAGCACUCCAGCUGCAACAACAGCAAGCUCUUCAACAACAGCAGCAAACGCGUCUGUCAUCAACAAUGCCUCGGAACAACAUAAACUGCACGAAAAACGGAGGAGCGAUUCCAGUCCACGGGCAUCCUCGGGGCCAGUACCACUCUAUGCCGUACAAGCACCACGAUAUCAGGGCCCAGAUGUCCCCGGCUCUGCUGACGACCUUGUCGGCGAGUCCUGCGGCCCACAAUCACAUUGGGGACCACCGGGUGUUGACGACCAGUCCCCCCGCGACUCCCGCUGACGAUCACUCGCUGCCCACUAGCCCCAUCAACAAGUCCUUGAACAAGUCUCAGCACUUGCUGCAGCGCGAGGCCAGCGGUAGCGUGAGUCCAGGUCUUCCAGCGGCUACUCUGGACCUCAGCAGUGCUGCAACUACCAACAGUCCUCACGAAUUGUCCACGCUGGUUUGAUUCUUGCCAUUAUUAUUAAAUCUGUCAAGAAAUUCUAGUCCCUGAAUUGGAGCCCAACUUUCAGGGGCGAUAGUAUUUUUUUAUUUUUUUUUUUUUGCUUUUAUUAUUAUUUUAAAUUUAUUAAGGUAGUUUGGUAAACA